GCUGUACCCACACACAUCUCUACGCGACCUGUACAAUAGCGGUCCAGCGUUGCCGAGCUAUCAGGUGGCAGAGGCCAACUUUUAAAAGGCUUCUUUGGUCGCAUCAUGCUCCGCCAAAAAUGUCAGAGCGAGACUAUAUUGCCACUGCCACGGCACUGCAAUCUCGUUCAUUCGACUUAAUCGUUGAAGUACAAUGAUGUGUCUUCAAAGAGACGACUCAUCAGCCUCCGUGUAAACGCUGACGAAACUGAUCAACUGACAAGCAAGGAUGAGCUUCUCGCUCCCGAAAAGCGAAUCGACAAUCUCCUUGCUGAGAUCAUCUGCCGCAAACCGAAGAUCCACACAUCUCCCCGAGCCUGGCGGAGCCCGGCGGGCUCAGCAUCGUUCCCCUACGGUCCAGGUAGCUGGCAGCGCUGCCGCGGAGGAGUCGUUCUGGUCGGCUGAAUGCGAUGCUAGUUCGCGAAGACCCCUGUGUCACCCCUCAGUCAUCGGUAAUCGGGAUAGCUCAGCAAGGCGUGGGACGAACAGCCAGUCUCAACACCAUCGCAAUUCCCACGCUCCCCUGCUCACAGCGCACAGCCAAGAGGACUUCCCGGAGAGGCAGGAUGCCAGCCGAGGAGGAGGGAGGGAGCACAACAAGACAUCCAGACACUCGCAUCGCCACCACCGCCACCACCAUCACCAUCAUCACCACCAUCACAGAGGUGCGCGGGAUGACCCGCCUUCGGAGCAGCGACCCAAGUACUCUAAUUCGCCUCGAAUGCCCAGUCGGACCCAGUCCUUUACCGAGGGUUCGGAUGAGGCGGCGUUUUUCUUUGAUUCACGCCAACACACCCGACCAAGUUCGUCCUCAAGCGUGGAGAUAUGCGCGCAGUCUUCGGCGUCAUCAUCACCGGUCCCCGCAUCCUCCAGCAGGUCCUCUCGCCGAUCCGGGAGAUCCAGCGCAGCAUCCUCUGAAUCUGACUUUAAUUUGCGUCCAAUUCUUAACUCCCUUUUUGGACAGGACAGGGAGCUGAGGCCAGAGGAGAUUGAUGAGUUGCGUGAAGCCUUCAGGGAAUUUGAUAAAGACAAGGAUGGCUUCAUUGGCUGCAAGGACUUAGGAAACUGUAUGAGGACAAUGGGCUACAUGCCAACGGAGAUGGAGCUUAUUGAACUUAGCCAGCAGAUCAACAUGAACUUGGGAGGCCAUGUGGAUUUUGAUGACUUUGUAGAGCUCAUGGGUCCAAAACUACUAGCCGAGACAGCAGACAUGAUCGGUGUGAAGGAACUCAGAGAUGCUUUUAAGGAGUUUGACACCAAUGGAGAUGGAGAGAUCAGCACCUCAGAGCUGAGAGAGGCCAUGAGGAAGCUGUUGGGACAGCAGGUUGGUCAUAGAGAUUUGGAGGAUAUCCUGCGGGACAUUGAUUUGAAUGGUGAUGGUAGAGUGGACUUUGAGGAAUUUGUCCGCAUGAUGUCCCGUUGAGAGAUGGAAGCCUCGAUCAGACCUCAUGUUCCAUGUUGCGUUGCGUGUUUCUCCUCCUCCGGGAGAGGCACCUGAGCCUUGCAAAUCUGAGCCAGCUUUCCAUAAAAGUCAGAACUGGAACCACAACAACAUGAAUAUGAAAGGAUGAUACAAGUUUCAUGUCUUCUUCCUCUCUCUCUCUCUCUCUCUCUCUCAAGAAUCAACUUCAAGAAUCACUUUCUCUUCUGUAGCAAGUUUUCAGCACCUUUUUUUUGUUCCAUUGAACUCCAUGGAUACUGCAUCCAAUCAUCUGUUUGUAUGACCUUCAUGGAGUGGUGACAUCCAUCUAUAAAAAGGCAAUAUGAUGUUCUGUGAUGACCUGUGGUGUUCUUGUCAGUGUAGGCCGAUUGACACAUGUUUGUGUAUCCUACUAUAUGCAAGGCAUAGGCACUUAUUGGGGAAAUUGUUUUUGAAACGGAGCCUCUGCCAGUGAUGUUCAUGUGUCAUUCUCUGUAUAUCCCAGUGGUGUCUUGAACUUCUCCGAUGCUUCGAAUGAGAAAAGGUCUCCCUUGUGCACCUUUCACUAAACCACCGCAAAUUUAAACCAUGUACUUACACUGUGUCAGUAAAGGAAGUGCUGAAGAGAAGGUUUUGUUAAGCAAACCAAUGUAGUCCUUUUACCUUAAAAUAAUGGCUUCAAACUCAUUUUGAGUUUGAGACUAGAAUCUCUGAUAUUGCCGAUGCACCCCUGGAAUGGCUGGUAUUUAACAUUCUUGUUACGGGUAGAUGCAUGGCCCUUUUUUAAAGUUUUAGACAAAUUGGGUAGCCCUGUAGUGCUAAAUGGACCCAUGUUCAAAAUUGUUGAAAAGGGGAAUUCCUACAUCGUGUUACAUCUGUUAAGGGUAUUUGGUCUGCAACAAAUUUGUUCCAGACUGACAGCUGUCCUAUUAUUUCUGGUUUAACACUGAUGUCAGUGUAGAAGCAUAGUAAAGCCUAGAGAUAAAGUAAUGUCCUUGAAGAAGUUUAGAUAGAUAGAUAGAUAGAUAGAUACUUUAUUGAUCCCCAGGGGAAAUUCAAGGUUCAAAGAAAUUCAAGUUCAAGGUUUAAGAAAGUCAUGUUCAGUUUAAGAAAGUAAUACCUGCAUUGCCCCUCGUAUGCAACAUGCCAGCUGAUUUCACACAGUAGCUUACCUGUUAGUUCAGGAUUGUGCUAUGUUGCAAAUGGCACUGAUGGCACUCACCGUUUGUAAUCUGCCUGUUUAAACUCAACCUGUUUUCCCAGGUGUUCUGCACAAGUCUGUCAUGGUUGUGGUUUAAUUUAUCUCCACUUAAAAUGCUGGAUCCUAUGGAUGUGGAUGCAAGCAGACCUCUGACAGCCUAAGUCUCACAUUUAAAAGAGCCCGGACAUUUGAGCAUGUUCUCAUUACGUGUUUGACGAUUAUUGUGUCUAGUUCGUGCCUGAAUGUCAGUCUCUGUCCAACUCAAUGUUUGUUCCAUGUGAACAGUGUUGAACCCAGUCUGUUAGUUUCUUUGUUUUUCUGCAUGCCAAAAAAUUAGGGUAAUUUGCACUCAUGUAUAAAAUAGUUAAUUUUAAUACAUUGUAUCUAAAAUAAUCUAAUGUAAAUAAACCUUUACGUUUCAGUUGUCCCUUUUCUGUCUUUGAA